CCGAUAUUUUUCUAAUUCUCGAGGCUAGAACACUCACACUCAGACCAGACCACUCCUGCGCAUGUGUGUGUUUGACCCUCGUGGCAAGAUGGCUGAGGGGGCUUCUAGUCAGGCCCAGUUGGAAGUGACUGAGAGACGACUGAGACCGCUCUACGAUGCAUUGGACUAUGGUCAACACAAGAAGGCAUUGCAGAUUGCCGACAAGAUUCUCAAGAAACAGUCUGACCUCAAAUGUGCCAAGAUAUUGAAGGCCAUAGCUCUGGUGAGGUUGAGCCGUGAAGAGGAGGCUCAUGAGCUGGUGAGGACGGUGCUCUCCAGUCACCCUGGGGAACAGGCCACACUGCAGGCACUCACCCUCUUCUAUAGGGAGAUAGGAGAUUUUCAGAAGAUAGCUGAAGUGUACGCUGAUGCAGCCAAGCACUACCCUAAGAACCAGGAGAUACUCACCCAUCUCUUCAUGGCCUACGUUCGAGUGGGAGACUGUGCCAAACAACAGCAAGUGGCAGCCCAGCUCUGCAAAGCAUACCCUACAAAUGGGCCCUAUCAGUGCUGGAGAGUCAUGAGUGUUCUAAUGCAGGCAACGGAGACAGGAAGUGCUGAGCUGGCUAAAAGCAUGUACUUCCCGCUAGCGGACAAAUUGAUUAGCAAGUACUUCAAGGAGCAUAAGGUGGAUGCAGAAGCAGAGGUCAGACUCUACCUGAUGGUACUCACUAAGCUAGGAGCAAAAGACAGAGUGCUGGAACUACUGCAGGGGAAAACCGGUGAACCACUCAGGGACCCCUGGGAGAUAGACACUCUGAUAGUGGCAUCACUACAGGACCAGGGGCUAUGGGAGGCAGCUGCUGAGAAACUUGUCGCCAUGUUAGAGAUCAACCCUGACUCGUGGGUCACCAUCACAGCGUAUAUUCACGGUCAGCUUGAGAGGAGUUUGAAACUACGCAAAGAAACUGUCGAGGAAAGCUCUAAAGAUGACCAGUCACAGAAUAGAGACACUAAAGAAGGGGAUUCUCCUGCUAAUCAAGAGCCAAAGAACGGGAAAGAAGGGGAAGCCCCUAUUAAUCAAGAGCCAAAGGACGGGAAAGAAGGGGACUCCCCCUCUCAAGAUGGGGAAGCCCCUGCUAAUCAAGAGCCAAUUAAGGGAUGGCUCAGACCACUCAUAGAAGUACGAGAUCUAAUGGAACGUCUUGCAGCUGCUGAGUUGAAGAAAUUUGACGAUAAAGAGUUGGUUGUUCGUGGUCCCUUAUUAGGACGCCUGGAGCUAGUCCGAGCUGUGACCCAGACCAAGGAGAAGAUAGACAUAGAACUGGGUUCACCGUACGAACAUCUGAUGGACUAUUUCCGAUUGUUUGGCACCAAGAACUGUGUGUACGAUGACCUGGUCAAGUACGUCACCCUGGGGGGUCUCCCGGGGGACCACGUGGAGAGAUUCCUACGAGAGGUGGACGACCAAACGAGAGGAGAGCCAAUUGACUUUGAUUGCCCCCCGGACAAGAUCAAAGAGAAUCUGUGUCGUAUGCGUCGACACAUCAGUCUCCUCCAGCUGCAACGCCACGUUGGACUGCAUGAGUUACCAUUGCAACAUAAGCAAGAGUUGGUUGCCAUGUGCCUGCAUCACUUCAGAGCAGGGCUUAGACUGGGUGUGGAGUUUAGAGACACGUCUUGUCAACCAGCCGACUACUACAUCAUACUGGCAGUACAUCUCAAGAUUGAGCUAUACCACGAGACAGGAGAUGUUCGCCACGUGUGGGAGGGUGUGAUCAUGCUAGAGGGUGUGGUCAACCACAACACACAGGUGGUGCUCCUGCUCAUGAAGCUCUAUGGACAUCUGGGUGUGUCUGAGGCCAUCACAGAUCUCUAUAACAACAUCGGUAUCAAGCACGUACAAACAGUCACACUAGGGCACAUCCCCAGUCGCUACCUCCAAGCCAUGGGCACGUUCGGGUUUGCAGGCCAGCUCUACCGCAGUGCAUUCAGGUUCUUCUUCUCCAGUUCUAAAGAGGUUUCAGAGUAUGUGAUUCAGUGUUUCAAGAAUGGAAUGUUUCACAAGAUCCCCGAGAUGAUUGAGAUGCGGGACCGCCUCUCUCACUCCUUCAACUUUGCUUGCACAAUGGUGGACAUGAACACACUGGAGCUGCACACAACUGUACACAGCUAUUCUGAAGCAGUUAAAUUCUUCCAGAAGGAAUGGAGUAAAGGAAUGCCCUACACCACCUCCAGCCUCAGAGACUAUUGUAGCAGACUAGUGGACAGUAGAGACCUCUCUGUGUUGGAGGACUGGAGCCCACCCUCCACACGUCUUUCUGAUGUCGAGAUAAAGAUAACCUUUGACCUCGAGUGCUUGUGGUUACGGACAAGGAUUUGUCUCCUCAAGUGUCUGCACUCUGCACUCUCGUGUCUGACGUCAGAGGAGGCAGCAAAAGACGAGAAGUUGAUGCCUAAAAUGCUGAGACAGCAGAUUGAUGAGCUGUGCAGUACGCUGGAGAGUGUGGACCAACAUGUUGGUACCAUGCUGCUCAAGCAGAGGGCAAAGCAUCAGCUGCACCCUAUCCAAUCCCCCCCGCCAUGCCUCGGCUACCUGUUCCACACGGAGGGUCACGGUGGGGUCCUCUGUCUCAUGCUCACGACAGUGUACGAGCUCCUCUCUGGAUCAACUAGCCUGAGGGAGAAACUAGAGAGCAUACUUAUGAGGCUUCAGGCCAUCAAGUCUCGUAUAAAGUGUAUUAGCCCUGAUUUGAGGGAGGCUAUGAUUCGAAUAGCGGCCCCCUCCCUACAAGAGGAUGGUGGUGGUGGUGGAGACGAAGGUAUUGUGAUAACGUCACCGUUAGACGCGGAGCACCCCUAUGACAUCAUCACUCGUAGUAGGAUUGAUCUCGAGGAGUACGUCUUGUUCUUACAGACGGUGGGUAUAUUGUCCUUAUUGUGCACCAUAUGUGCCGAGUUUAUAGCCCCAACCUUCACUGGAGGAAAAAAGAAAAGGAAAAAGAAAGCUGCAGAGCAGCUCCUACAGCCUCGUCACCCUGCCUCUGAUGAACUAGUAGACUUCAUGAAGGAACUCAUGUUGCUGCUUAGCUCCACCUCACUAUCGUUCCAGCCCUUCCCCUCUCCUCCAGGCCAAGACGAGGAAGCUCUCAUCCAACAGCUGAGGGAUCUCUAUCUCUCUCACUCUGCCACAGCACUCACCGGGGCAACCUACACUCAGUCCCCAGAUAACCAAGACCCUUAUCUUAAGGCCUGGAGGGAGGGAGCAGCCAAGGCAUGUGGUGUAGCUCUAAGCAGCUACAACAUGUCCUUCAGGGACACUCUAGAAGUGGCCACUGCCAAGUUACAGACUCUUAGGGCAACCAUUAAACAAUUAGGAGGACACAUAGACGGUUAACCACAUAGACAGAUGUUUUAUAAGUAUAAACAAAAUUAUUAUUGAAGAGUGUAAUUAAUGUUGUAA